AAAUGGCAACACGCAUGAUAUUUGUCUUGGCUGCUUUUCUAAACCUUUUCACAUGCCAAGUCCAAGCUCAAAACAAUACAGCAUCUAGUGCCUCACCGACAGCAACUCUAACUAUGACUGUGGCAACAACAUCUGCAGGGUUGACGGCAACUACUACUCAACAAGCGAUGGCAACUACUUCUCAACAAAUCAAACCGACGCCAACAACAACCUCUGCACCCUCCGCUUCAGUUUCACUUGACUUUGACAAAAGACUUGUUCAAAGACAAAGCCUACGAUUUAAGAAAUGUUCAAAUCACAACUGAACAGAGUGGCGAGGAUUGCAAGGUGAAAAUAACCCUGACUUUUGGCAAAGGUCUGACCAAAAACGACAUCCUCGUAAAAUUUGAAAACGCUUCAAACGGUGAAAUUGGUGGAGUGACUUUGAAGGAUUUCCUUGCAGGUGUCUUUGUGGUUGGAGUUAAUUUGGGAGAUUACAAGGCGACUGAGGAGGAAUGCAAAGCGAAAUGCUGUGGUACAGGUGGACCUAUCACUGUGAGGAGAAGCUGUACAGAUGAAAAUGGUAAUAAAAGUCCUAAAUGCCUAAACUACCGGAUAAAGAAAGAGGUGAAAGACUGUAAUUCAGUCUGCAAUGUGAAAGAUCUUUGUGGUG